AUGGUUCGAUCUUUUAUAAGAGGAUCCAUUUCUCUACUUCCUUCACAAGUGUCGCUCAGCUAUCGAGUGAUCAAAUGUUCUACCUGCUUCGCACGCAGCUAUGCAACACUAGUAGAUCAAGUGAAAAUCGUUGGCUCAAGCUCUAAUGAGCAAAUUAACAAAGUUGACGAACAACGUCCUGCUCGACGGCACAAAGAAUGGACCGCUCUAGAAAAGAAAGUUUUGAACGCUCUCAUUGACAAAUUUGGACAAAACUGGGUGAAAAUUGCAUCACAGUUAGUUGACCGAACACCUGAAGAAUGCUAUAGGCAAUGGGCUGAUAAAUCUCCAAAGGUUCAUUUUAAUAGGAGACGUCAACCUAAACCGGGUAGAAGUUAUUGGAGCGCCGAAGAGAAGGAGCUGUUGCUAACAUUAAUUAUGAGAUAUGGAAGACGCUGGACAUUAAUAUCAAGUAAAAUGAGACAUAGGUCUCCUUCGGCUUGUGCGUCAGCGGCUCGUAGAGAGGGCUUUUCGGCGAUUAAGUGUGAUUGGACUGACCCAUACAUUUACCCGAAUAGGUCGAGAUGGACUAAUGAGGAAAUCGCAUUGCUAAAUCGUCUCAUAGCCAAACACGGAAAAAAUAUGAGUGCGAUUGCAUCAGAAUUUUCAAGCAGAACAUUUAAAAGUAUAUCGAACUACACGAAUUACCAUCUCGAUAAAUUACCCUCUAUGUGGGAUACUGAUUCAGAACAUUUUGAGAAGCGAUCAACCUACGUUUUAAGAUGGAGCCGCAAAGAAAUAGAAAUAAUCAAUGACGUUCUUUACAAAUUUGGACGUCAUUGGGCGAAAUUGGGCGAAAAAUUGCCGCAUAGAACGUUAACUGCAAUUAGGACUUACGUUCAGGGGCAUAGAUACUUGUUUACUAGUCUUCAAAGGGUAUAUAAACGGCAACCACCUAAAUGGACUGUUGACGAGCAGCGUAUUUUGUGUGAAUGUGUAAAUAAGUAUGGGACUGAUUGGCGUAUAAUUUCAAAUUACCUACCAUCAAGAUCACCGGAUGCGUGUAAGCGCAAGUAUUUUGAUAUAAGACACAAAGAGUGUGUAGAACAGAUAAUACUUUAUAAUCAGGCUGGCUCAUCUACAGUAUAG